AUGGCAGCGCGCGCCGUUGUGCUCUUCUCACUCGUCCUCGCGCUGGUCAUCGCCGGCGGCGCGUCGGCCCAGCUGUCCACGGGCUUCUACUCCUACUCGUGCCCGGACAUGCUCACCGCCGUGCGGUCGGCGCUGCACCCGGCGAUAGCCAGGGAACGGCGCGUGGGCGCCUCCAUCGUCCGCCUCUUCUUCCACGACUGCUUCGUGCAGGGCUGCGACGCCUCGCUGCUGCUGGACGACGCGCCGGGCAUGCAGGGCGAGAAGAACGCCGCGCCCAACAAGAACUCGGCCAGAGGGUUUGAGGUCAUCGACGCCGUCAAGGCCGCCGUCGAGAAGGCCUGCCCUGGCGUCGUCUCCUGCGCCGACGUGCUCGCCGUCGCUGCUGAGGAGAGCGUCGUCUUUCUGGGUGGUCCGAGCUGGGAGGUGAAGAUGGGGCGGAGGGACUCCACCACGGCGAGCUUCAGCGGCGCCAACAACGACAUCCCCCCGCCGACUUCGGGGCUUGCCAACCUCACCUCCCUCUUCGCCGCCAAGGGGCUCUCCCAGAAGGACAUGGUCGCGCUCUCAGGAGCACACACGAUCGGCCUAGCACGCUGCACCAACUUCAGGGACCACAUCUACAACGACACCGACAUCGACGCCGGCUUCGCGAAAAGCCGCCAAUCAAACUGCCCUCGCGCCACCGGCUCCGGCGAUAACAACCUGGCACCACUGGACCUGCAGACCCCGGCCGUCUUUGAGAACGCCUACUACAAGAACCUCGUCCAGAAGAGGGCCCUCCUACACUCAGACCAGGAGCUCUUCAACGGUGGCGCCGCCGAUGCGCAGGUCCGGUCAUACGUCAGCAGCCAGGAAGCCUUCUUCAAGGACUUCGUGGUGGGAAUGAUCAAGAUGGGGGAUGUUGCCCCGCUGACAGGGUCCAGUGGGCAGAUCAGGAAGAACUGCAGGAGGAUGAACUAAAACACUCGUCACAUUCUCCACUUUAUUGGCAACAACUGUGGAAUCCCUAGAAUAUAGGAUGUGUUUGAUUGAUCCCAUGUCUACAAGCAGCUCGUAAAACUCAGUAGCCCCCUCUUUCAAUUCCGAUGCUGCAAUUGUGAAACCAGUGUAUGACGUUCACACAGU